GGGAAGAGAGUUGGUCAAAAAAUACAAAAUAAAAACAUUUGAACGAAGAAAAUCUUUUCAAUUAUGAGCGAUUUAAAGCCAAUAGUUCUAGGUAUGGCCCAUGGAUUGAAAGAUUCUCUGAUUGGGAUGACAGCACUUCUUAGACUUAAAAGUAUUCUAGAAGGAAAUCACGCGGAGAAUCAAUACAAUACUAAUGUUCAGCCUCACCGAAGAACCAGGCACGGGGCCAAAACAGUGGAGAAGAAAAAGGAUCUAAGGUAAGCUAAACUUGUUGUUCAGCUUGUCGUUAACAUAGGUUGAAAGGGAAACGUUAGAGGCUGAUGUGGAAAUGAUAAUUAUAAAAAAAUGUUGCUUGUCUUCUUUGGGAACCAAACAAUCGGAUCGAAAUCGGAAUUCAUGCAAAUUUAAGUUUUCUUCUACAAAGAGUGUCACAUUAUGACAGUCUUCAAGAGAGCCGUGAUAAUCCAUUUAAUUCAAAUUGCUGGUUUUGUUUGCAAUCCUGUGUUAUUGUACCUUGAAUUUCCAUCGAACGUUUUUCACAUAUAAGCUUGCAUCUGUGCAAAUAACAACAAAAAUAGGUGAGAAAAUUAUAUCACAGUUUCAUGUACAUGUUAUCUGAUUCAUUAACUACUGUAGAUGCUUUGCUAAACAGAGCACUUUAGUUAGUAUUCAAAGUAGAAGACAUCCUGACAGAACAUUGGCACAUGUCAAACUUAUAAUAGGCCUUUUGCAUUACAGUUGUAGUUGAUCAAGGGAUGGACUUUCCAUAAACACGAAAACAGUUUGCUUUUGAAAAAUUUUGUUAGCAAGAGCUGAAAGAGCCUAUUAAAAACCCGGGGGGAGCACUUGGGUAUUUUUUGGGUGGGUAUGUGCCGCCCGGGACUCCAAAUUGGCACCCCGUUCUAAAAAAAAUUUCCCCUAAAAUUGAUACCCCUUUCUAGAAAUGGGCCAAUUUUUUAUACCCCAUUCUAGAAUUCACCCUAAAACUGAUACCCCAUUCUAGAAAUGGUCCAAUUUUUUAUAUUCCGUUCUAGGGUGCAACAAGAGUACAACAGUCUGCUUGUUAACGCACUGAACCAUAUUUUUAAAAGCAAUCUGUCCUGAAUAAUUUCAAAUGGCUGCUUACAAAACUGGUGCUUUCGUGCGUUCGAAAUAUUAUACCCUGUUCUAGAAAACGCCUAUGAAAUGGAUACCCCGUUCUAAAUCAGGAGCUUCAAAAUCACGUCCCUGUUGGGCGGCACAUACCCAUAUAGGUAAUGUAUGGGAGUACCCCGGGAUUAAAAAUAGGUAACUUGUAAAUUUCAGCCGUAUAUCUCCAAAGUAGCGAUUGCAACAGCUGCUGAAAUUUGAGGGAUUUAUAUGAAAAAAACAACUUUUUCCCCCCGCGCUUGAGUGGUUUUCCAUACUACUCCUUGUAAAUUCUGAAAUUUUUAAGCUGUCAUUAAAUCUUUCCCUUAUGCACUUAAGGGCUCAAAGUACCUGUUAUGAAUUAAAAUGAUAUUUGAGCCCCGUGAUACUAAAGGAAAUGUUUCACGAAAUUCACAAGGAUUUGUAUGGAAAACCAUUCAAGCGUGACUGGGUGGUAAAAGUUGUUUUUCUCAUACAAACCCUUCCAACUUUUGGCGCCAUUGCAAUCACUACUUUUGAGAUACACCGCUGAACAUUUUACUGGGUACCUAAUAAUUAUUUUUAAUAUGCUCUUUCAGCUCAUGCUAACAAAAGUUUUCAAAAGUGAACUGUUUUCAUGUUUACCAAAAGUUGAUCACAUGAUCACUUAAUGCAAAAAGCAUAUCAUGUAAGCAUGAUGCGCUGCAUCAAAUCACUGUCUGCAGUUGAACUACAUUUUUUUUAAACAUUUUUUUUUUACAUUUGAUAGCCAGCAUCUAAAUUAAUAUUAUUCUAUUUCUUUGAAGACCAAUAAAUAUUUAAUAAAUUGCAUUAAAAGUUUAAUACUAUAUAAAAAGGCUAUUAGCAACAACAACAUUAAUGAAAAAACCCUGUCACCCAUAAUAAUAGACAAGGUUACAUGUUGCUAUCUUUUACAUGUUCUGUUAGUUGUACAGUCUGAAAGGUGUAGCAGAAUAAAAAAAACGUGCUUUACCAAAUCUCUGCAAAACAUCCUCUAGAAUUUAAGCACCUCAAAAUAUUACCUGGCUCAAGCUUUAAUAACAUUUCUGACUGGAGUUUUUAUUAACCAGCCAUGUUUAAGCAUUGGUGCAAAUGAUUCAACUUAGAGAUCAUGUCAAACAAUUUUUUCAUGUUCUUUUUUUUGCUAUCUUUUUAGUUCAGUUGGUGUGAAGGAAAUAUUUAGUAAAAUGUUACAGUGCUGUCUUUUGAAUGGGGGAAUAUUUUGGGUAAGUGGUCGGUGACCUUAAUUUUUAUGUUUCCAAAAUGUACAGUAGAAUAAAGGGUGCAUUUGGUCAUAAAAAGUAUUCUACGGCUAUACUAUUGCCAUUAACAGCAAUAAUCUGACAUCACAAUUGAGCGGUCAUUCAAGGAUUUGACCAGAGAAUACCUAUUUUCGAUUGGACAUUAUCUGUUGACCAGCCGUUUGAUAAAGUUUUCUUCUGGUUAAAAAUCAUGAGUCCUUGUUCAAGGAAGUUAAAACAGGCCGACUUUAUUACAAACAAAGUCUGUUAUCAGUACUAUAUUCUCAGUUAGUAUUGUCUCAAUUUUUUUAUCUUAUAAGAGGUAGGAUUUUUUGUCUAAAGAGAAAGUAUAACCAAAAUACUAUUUCAAAUUUCAAACCAAAGCUGACUUCCCUUUGCCAGUUAAACACUGGAUUUUUAACCCAGUUUUUCAAACCUCUUAAGAAUAUAACCAGUUUUUUUCCCUAGAGAGGUUUAAAAAAAAAGGUGAUUUCCAUGUUGUCCACUUGGGGUUUGUCAGAAGUUAUGUUUAUACUGGUGCUUUCUCCUAGAUGAGCAUUUUCCUUUUUGAAGGCUUCAUUAUUCCUGGACUACAGAACCUUACUCAUUUCAUAUUCAGUAAGUAAUACAUGGCAUUUCUUGAAGGCUCUGUUCUCCAACAAAUUAUGAGGAUGCAUAGUUACAGAGAUGAUAAAAACUUUUUUUCCGGUUUACUUUUAUCCAGGCAUGUAUAUAAUGGUAUAUUAUGCAGGGGCACCCAACAACUGUUUUAUCUUUUCGGAGACGCAAAUAUUGCCAAGAAUUUUCUAUUACUUGAGGACGGCUAAAACUUUCUAGAUGACCAUUCCAUUCAUGUACAAUUUUUUUCGAAGCUUAUACGACAAAUUCCCUCCGAUUUUCUGAAGAGUUAAUUUUUCACAUAUUUUCACUGCCCAGGUUAGGCUAUUUUGUGUGGAAAAGGAAACCUAAAAUAUUUGGAUUUAAAAAGCUGAUGAAGAGAGGAAUCGGAAAAAUUCUUUCUUUCUUAAAAUUAUACGUUAAAUUGCAUCUUAAGUGUUUGGGAAAAUAAUACUGAAACCCUCGUAAUUUCGAAAAGACUCAAUUAAGUUCCCCUAUGAUGACCGAAUGGGUACAAAUUUUAGAAUGCAUUUUCAGAGAGAUCUAAAAGUACUCUGGAUAGCCUAAAAAGUGUUUGUAAUGUAUUUAGGAAGAAAUUGUGGUUGGGUGCCCCUAAUUAUGUACAGCAAUCAACAUUGGAGGGACAGGGGUGUAAUCACACAGGGGCUGGUCGUACAAUGUAGCUUAUUAGCCUUCAAAACCUUUCUUUCAAAAUAAAGCACAUUCCAAGGUGUCUGCUUUAUAGAGUACUUGUAAACUAAAACCCUGGUCAAAACUCUUGGGACACAAAUGCAAUAGCUCACCAAAAUGAGGCAUUUUCCAUCCCCCCCUCCCCUCCUUCCCCUCUGGUGCAGUGUUGAUGUGUCAACUCAACCAACACUACUUGGGGGAGAGGGGGACAGCAGAAACACGCUCUUAUAACAAUAUUCCCAAGCUUUUUUAAGAGUUAGAAUAUGAGUUCAUUUAGCAGAGUGUGGCUUUUGUGCCUCAUUUCCUCAAGUGUCCCAAGAUAUUUUGACCUGGGUUGUAGCUGGAUAAGCCAAGUACACUCUCCACUACGAACAAAGCUUUAACAAUUUUGAAACCUUUUUAUUAUAUAUUUACAAUCUUUUGUUGUUACUUUGUGCCAUAGAUAUAGUUAGUGGCAGUACACAGCAUCAGGGUUUAUGGCUAUGGAAGUGGAUGGGACCUUUCCUGUCAUACUUGUUCAGUGCUUUGUGGGUGCUACCUCUGUAUUGGCUGAGCAAACCCCUCAACUCAUUAUGGUAUCAGGUAUGAAAGAAAAAUACAUUUAAGUUGACUUACUAAAAAGUUAGUUUUACCAUAGUUAGUAGGGGAGACUGGUUAGGAAAGCCGGCAAACAUCAAAGUUGAAAACAAUGGUGCUGUAGUUUAUGUUGGAAGCUCCCCAACCAUACACAAAAUAGCCUUUGUUUUUUGUUCAAAACUUGUGACUGAAUAAAUUAAUGCGAUGUUUCUAUUGGUCAGUAAGUUCAAAAUGAUAGGAAUGCUAUUGAACAUUGUGCGCGGUCAGGUCCAAAAAAGCUAACAAAAACAUAUAACAAAAGAGUCUAAUGGGUUUCAUAACCUUUCCACUUUAAUAACUCUGGUUUUACUCAAGGUAAUUCUUGGUGCCCUUUUGAUAUUAGUUUAUUAGUAAUGGUUUUUUAUUAUAUUGCUGCUUCUGCAAGCAGGCAAGAUGAAGCAAAUGCUGUGUUCUGAUUGGCUACCGAGUGGAGCAAGAUAAGCCUAUCUUGUUCAGUAUUUUCUCCAUUGGUCUGGCAAGAAAAACGUCUCUUGCUCUUAUAAUAAGUUAAUUAUUGACCAAGCUUGUUGAGUAAAGAUGCCUUGAAAUUGGCCUCAUGUGUGUUUUAUUGAACUUAAUUUUGUCUCAGUCCAUAAAAACGGGAAAGGGAACUUGGCAGACCUGCCAACCCCUGAUAAAGGAAAAUCUGGAGAUUCAUGGAACAAAUCAAGAAAUUCUACAAAAAGUAGUGAGAUUCUAUUUUUUCCUGAUCAAGAUUAAACGAACCCUUUUUCCAUUGGGGGAAUUGACUGUUAAUUUAAACAUUAGCCUGCUUUAGUUGGGUCUCUCCUGUAACAAAUUAGAUGCCGCUUUUUCUUUGAUGACUUUAAGAGGCUAGAGAAUAGGUCAUCACUGGAUGAAAUUUAUAGCAAAGAGUCAUUUCCUUCGGAUAAGCCAACUUUUCCCAGGGUAGAAAUGGUAUUUACUACAUGCCUGAAAUGGUAGCGUAUUGAUUUGCUUUAAACUACCUUUGCAUAUGAUUAUGCAACUUUUCCUAAAUCUGGCCACUCCUUGUGCAGUGAUGUGGGUAAACUGGCAAAUGGGUCUGACUUAAGUUACCGAUUUUUUGCCAGGAAAUUGCUGACUCAGCAUACCGCAAUACAAGGGGAAGACCACUUGGAUUUUUAGCAACUGUUGGAAAAGAAAGGUUAAAAUAAACAUAGCCUAACAGUUACUUUAUAACCCAGCAAGGUUGAAUAAUGAAAUCAUACCUUAAUGUUAUUCCCAAAUUUUGUAUUUGGCACACAUUUAAAAGGAAUAAUUUCGACGCUUUGUGCUAGAGACAUUAAAGUCAUGUUAAGACAGCUUUAGUAAUGUUGAGUGUGAAUAAAAACGGUAAAUAAGACAGACGAAUUUAACGUCUGACGACAUAAGCGUCCAGACGCACUUAACAGACAGCUUUAACGUCUCAGACAAUAAAUGCAUCUAGUAUAAAAAUGGGACGCCGUAAUCUGGGAUGCAUUUUUGCUCACUUCGCCCAAAGAUCACUGGGAAGAGUCAGAGUUGUUUUUCUUAAUGUGAUCGUCAACCUUUGUGCGUCCUGUUUUUACAACAGUCGACUUAAACGUUAAACAUUAAAUACGACUAGACGACUUUAACGUCGGAGUCUAAGGUAAAAACAGCCGUUGGGACUAGCCUGAAUUUCAUCCAACUUCUUGUUGUCAUAAGCUCCCAUCUCUCUUAUAUACCUGCCAACUCUCACGCCUUAGGCGUGAGUCUCACGCCUGCGGGUUGAAAACUUCGAUCUCACGCCCGCUCACGCCUGCGGACCAAUUUCUCACGCCUGAUUGAAAAAUGUGAGUUGUUGCCGUCUUGCUUGACACAAUUUCCAAAAAUAUGUUAACUCAGACCCAUGUAAGGAACGAAAACCAUGAGUAAAAUGAAUAAAUGACAAUACCUUCCUCGCGAUCUCUGAUUUUGUGGAUAAGCGUUUUCUCGAUAACUUCGCCUUCGGCAGACUUCGGACGUCUUCGGAAGACUUCGGACGUCUUCGAAAGACUUCGGACUUCUUCGGGAAUCUUCGGAAAUGAUCGUGUCGUUUUUAAAAAUCCCAGCACUCCCAGGAUAAAAAUCUCACGCCUACAUCUCAGAAAAAGUUGGCAGGUAUACUCUUAGGAGUUUGCGACUCAAGAAUAUGGCUGAAACUCAAGCUAUGAUCAAAUGGUGCGAAUUGUUUGUCAGUUCUCGUAGCGAGCAAGCAAGCUCUCCAACGGAGAUGUAAGAGCAACAGGCUGUUUACUUGGACAUUCUCUUGCAGCUUGCCAUGUUGUUACUCGAAGUGGAGAACUUGCUCACAGGCUAGGAUUCUCUGACCACCUCUUUUCUGAAAUUUGUUUGUAGUUCUUGCAAGUUUUAAAAACUGUGGCACAGUUGACCAACUAUUUUGCUGGGGUCAACGUUUAAUUCAAUUUUCAUACACUGUCGUCUCUAGGGAUUGAAAAUUUAACGAUUUUUCAUUCACAUGGAACAAUAGAGGGCUUUUUGAAAGAAGUCACAGAAUAUAACUUUUCGUCAAGAAGUUAAUCUAUUUUUGUUUUUGUUUUUUUUCCUCUUUCAGUGUGUCAUCCCACAUCAGUAAAACAGUGGCAGAUUUCUUCUUUAGUUUUUUACUGCAAAUGUUUUUUCUUGUUCAGGUAUUUUAAGUGAAGUGCACUUAUUCUGUGUUACAGACUUAACUUUUUGGGGGGGAGGGGGAAGGGGGGUCAACCUCUCUGUUGCCCUCAAAAAUGACCCCUUGAUACUGUUAUAUCGGCGUUGGUAAAAUUUAAACGGUUUUGAACUUGGUUUUGUCAACCACCGUCAAAACUCUGCUACUCUGCUUCAAAAUAACGUUACCGGUCCUUUAUAUUCGCAGUAGUGAAUUUUACUUUUGCAGUGGCUCUAACCUAUAGACUUGGCAGGAGUGUUCAUGUCCCAACCGAGGCCUGCGUGUUAUAGCCCGCAAGGUCGAGAUAAUUUGUUCCGAGGGCGGGUCCCUCACAUCUCAGAGCGUUAAAGAGCGAGACCCGACUAAACUGAAUGACUGGAUUGCUCGUUGCUUAUGACACCCUUAGAUGUAGUUUGUAAAUGCAGAACUUUUCUCUCCAUCAAACAACUAACGUAUUAAGCAAAGAUAACUUGACGGCGCUUUCUCUAUUGACGAUGUAUUGUCUUUGCUAAAUCUGCUUAUAAUGAGUUCUGUAAUACCGACUCUUAAAACGAUUCAGUGGUUUAAGCAAGUCCCAUUAUGGCUCUUGGUUUUAAGGUCACCUUCUUCUACAAACCGUGGAGGAACGUGAGGUUCUUGAUUUUCCCCUAUGUCAUGUGACUGGUUGGUCCGGCAAGUAUAAAAUUUAAAGAUCAUAUGAAAAAUGUGAAAAGCAAAAACCUGGAAAUACGUCUGAGAUUCAAAGGGACUCAAACCAUUGACCUACCGUAAACUGCCGCUUAAAAGCCCUUGUCCCAAUAAAGGCCCUGAUCCACCUGCAAACCAAAAAAUACAUCCGAUUAUAAGCCACGCGGAUAUAAGUCCCCCUCUAUUUUGUAUUUAAAUAAAUUCCAUUCAUUAUGACGUUUUGAAGCUUCAUUAAAAACCGGUGAAUGCUAAACGUACUUUCAUCAGCACUGCUAUGGCUUGUUUGGAAGCGCUUCAGUUUUCUUGUCCGGUUAUAAGCCAGGCUUCCUCCUCGGAUACAAGCCUCUCUGUUUAUAAGCGCUCCUAAAACCCCUUACGAAGAUGUAUAAGCUAACUGCGGGCUUGUAGGCGACAGUUCACAGUAUGCAUUACUGGUGCGUUUCUUUGCCAAUUGAGCAAUGACAGUACUAGUGAAGUCGGUUUAAUAAUCGGAAGCAUUUUCUUUUUCUGAUAGGCUAUGGUAGCAAGCUUUCUUCCUAUCUUGGGACCUGUAAUCAGUCUUGGUCACAUGUGUCUUCUCUAUUCUCUCUACACAUUUGAAUACAAGUGGGUUAAUAUGGGUGAGUAAAGAAAAAUACGUGAAAGGCUUAUUAAAUUAGAGCGAUUUUCGCGCGAUAAGAGACCUUUAAAUUUGAGGACGAGAUUUUGCGUAAAGUUUUUUCGCGUAUUCGCAAACAAUAUAAACUCCGGUGACCUUCAUUGUACUUUUUUUUCACCGGAAAAGUUAACACAGCUAAGGGAACGCGUCCAAAUAUCGGCAUCGGGUCACACCGAUGCCGAUCAAUUGGGCACCGAUUUUUUCCGAUUCCGUCGAAGGUCGGACCCGAUUUUAUCGGCACCGAAUGAAACGGAAUCGGCAACGGGUCUCAAGUCUUUAUCGGGCCAAUUAACAAAGGUCAUCAAAAAUAUCUGGCAGCUCAAAUAACCCGUCACAAAAGCAAAAGCAAAAGCGUGAAUGUUGUUUUUUAUAACCUUAUCUUUCUUAUAAAUGUGUCUUGUUUGAACCGAAAUUUAACGUCACAGUUUCGAACAUUUGUUUGUAUUUCCUAUGACAGAGUAUGACCAGAAAAUAUUAAAUUUGUGUAUCAAAAUGGGCACGAGAAGAAACAGCAGGUAUCUUUUGAGUGAAAGACGGCGCAAUGUACAUUGCAAGUGUACGAUGUGAUAAUUUUAAAAAAUGAUAAUUUUAAAAUAGCUUGAGCCUGUGCUAACCGGAACCCAAAACGCAUGGUUAUAGGAAUCUUUGGAGGAAUAAACAGUUUAGGACUGUAAACGAAAAAAAUAGAAGUCAGAACAUCCACGACCAAAAUGCAAAUGUUGUUACCAUGCCCGGUUACCAUGUCGUGUACUUUAACUGCUAAAUUGCCACAGGAGAGAAGAGGACAUCGUCUGAGAAUCAAGCUGCAAGUUGUUUAUUGGUUGCAUAUGAACUCAAAAAAGUGACUGAUGGAGGCGUUCAACUGGCUUUCUCUUUCUCGAUUGUCUUUCUGCUAUUGAGUCGAACUUACCGGAUGUAUGCCAGUUUGCUUUAGUUGAACACUCCGAUAAAAUAGGUUCUGAUUUUUGUCAAACAGUCAGCCACCUAGAGUCAAGCGCAGAUUUUUCUAAGUGCUGAGAGUGGAAAGCAAUUUCACGUGGCACCAUGCUCAAGCUCACAGAACAUACAGCAAAGUCGCUAAGCCAUUCUCUCUUUGGUAGCUCCUGUGUGAAACUUCGUUCCGUGUCUUCCGUGACUCGCGAGUGUGGGAAUCUUUCAGUUCUUGUUGCUAAUUCCCUGGAGACAAUCUGAGGCCGCAAUCUAAUUGGUCGGUAUUUUUUGCCUCAGAUCGCAUUACACCUUGCGUUUAGGAUCGUUGAAUGAAAGACGCAAAUUUUCGUAAAAGUUUAUCCCGUGGUUUCACAUUAUCCAUGGUUUUGCUCUCGCUCCGCUCGCUAGGAAACCCGUUGAGGCCUACUUGUAACGAGUCUAUGAAUCCAUCUGUGUUUCGAGAAAGUGAGUUCCGGUUGUGUUUUUGGAUUGCAUUGUUAGAAAGUAUCGAGUAAAAAACACACUACUCAGUAAGGUGUUUUGUUUGCUAUAUUUCAACGAAGAACAGUGGUGUUUUGCGUCGUAAUAUUUAACUCCUUUUAAUUUUCAUAGAAUAAAUGUUAUGGAGCAGCGUGGUGUUUGCGAUCGACUGAAGGAAAUACCUCUGCAAAACGCCGAAAAUCACGUGUAUAUAUAGGCACGCAUCAAAUCAACAAACUCGAAACACAACAUGCAGGAACAUACAAUAUUGCUAUUUGUUAUGGAGUAGGAAAAAGGUACAGUCGAUUGAAAUUACUUUGGAGUGAAACGACUCUUUCAUUAUUUGGUUUCGUGACACGCUUCAUUUUACAUAUCAGAUAAAAUAAUAUGACGAUGACACAUAUGAACAUCGGAAUGUCAACCGGCUCCGAUUGAAUCGGCAAAGUUUUUAUCGUAAUCGGAAACGGCAACUGGUGCCUAUAGAUCGGUACCGAUUCCCAUCAAUCGGAAAAUUAAUCGGGUCCGUUUCCCAUGAUCGGGUUGCCUACCGAUAUUUGGACGCGUUCCCUAAUUUUAUUUAAGGUGGUUAAGCCCUCUCCCGAUCGCAGAAUGGUAAAACUUCUAACAUUUGAUAACUUGUUUUAUAAUAAAGUUGUGAUACAACGCGCACUCCGAUUGGUUGAAAAGGCGUGCUUUAUGAGAGUAUAAAACUGUGACGCCAUUGUCUGCAUGCGUGCGCAAUAGACCUUUUUACCGAUACGGCGGCCAUAUUGAAUUAAUUCGAUUUAAGGAGUAUUAUAGGAUGCCCAGGGGGUAUGAGCACAUUUCGUUUGUAUUUUUGAGCGAUUUUCGGGAUAUUUUUUCUUAAAGUUUUCUUAGAAUAAGAUUGUAAUGGGAAAAAAGAUCCCUGUGCCGUGUUUGGAUGUAAUAAUGAUCGCCUUUUUCCCGAGAAAUAUACAGUGAAAGACCAUAUUUCUAAUACUAAACUAGAAAAAGGCGAUCAUUAUUACAUCCAAACACGGCACAAGGAUCUUCUCUCUCAUUACAGUCUUAUUCUAAGAAAACUUUAAGAAAAAAUGUCCCGAAAAGCCCGCAAAAAUACAAACGAAAUGUGCUCAUGCUCCCUGGGCAUCCUAUAAUACUCCUUAAAUCGAAUUAAUUCAAUAUGGCCGCCGUAUCGGUAAAAUGGUCUAUUUAACGGAUUCUCUAUCAUUAAGUAGUCAGGGAGCUCCGAUUUUGAACAGUAACCAUACUGUUCCAUUCACCAAUCACUACUACUCACUACAUUGAAAUAAGAACUGAUCACAUUUUUGUUGCCAUAGGUUGGACAGCUUCUAAACGACUUUCUUACAUGGAAUCUAACUGGCCUUAUUUUGUUGGCUUUGGUCUUCCUCUCGCUGUUUUGACGUCGUUACCUCCUUCAUUCAUAAUCAGGUCAGUAUAAAAAUUGUUGGGUUCAAAUCUCUCCUCUCUCUACCGUGUCACCUCCUAAACGCCCACUAGUUGUGUAGGGGAGAACUUGCGAAUAUGUCGACCACCCCUCAGUACUGGUGCUUAGUAUAGGUGAUUUUAAGGUCAUUCCUUUGAAACAGACCCUGCCGUGAGAUUUUUGUCAAUUUUUACUGAUUGGUUGUUUAUUUUGUGGAAACUUAAUUUCUGAAAUAAAAUUGGGGGGUCCGUCCUCAUACUUAUUUGGGAGCAGAAGCAACUUGUAUCUACGCAAUGAUCCCUUAAAAUAGCAGUGAAUAUAAUCAUAUUUUUGAGCUUAAGCCUUCGGCAAAAGCCGCCAUGUUUGAUGUACGCGCGCUAAUCUUGCCUAAUAUUUAGUUUGAGCUAGGACUUUUAAAAAGCGCAGCUUUCGUUAAAAUAGUUAUGGUUUACUCAAACAAAAAAAAUCGUGUAAUGCUAGACUAAAUGGUGACGGCAACGAGAACAGCCCAAAAAGAAUUUGCAUGUGCCGCACACUUUUUUAUAUUGCGAUGUUUUACAAAACAACAACGUGAAUCUUCCUAGUUACAAGUUUUAUGGAGGAGAUGUCGUAGGUGCUCCUGUACGCUUUUUCUUUUUCCACUGCCGCUCAUGUUCACUUUGGUGGCCGCUAGCAUUACUCAUUUUCUCACCGCCGCUAUUAAAUGUUUUUCUUCCAAAGAAAUUUGUCUCCAUUGUAGCUCUUUCUCUGUUUUCCAUGUCAGUGAAAACAUUAUAAUUUAGUGAUAGUCGGUCGUCGCUAAACCAACCAAUCGAUGAAUCUUUGCUGGCAUCAUACAAAAAACACGUACCGGCGUUGGGGCUAUAGCCAAGUUACAUAUGUAUUGACUUAAGAUAUUAAAGAGCUGGUUUAACCAAACUCUAAGAUCUACCCGCUCUAUGCAUUUGGUGGUUUCAAAAGAGGAUAAAAAAUGAGCCUUAAAUUCUCUGUUUCUUUUUGUUUGCAGUGGCUGCGUGUUUGCUAUACUCUUCCCCCUCUUUAUCAUCAGCGGGAAUGAAGCGAAAGUAGAAGAAACAAAGUAAGUCUCUUAGUGCUUUUAUUAGCCAGGAGCACAGGGUGGAGAGUGGGGUCUUUCCGCUCCACUCAAUGCCUCCAUCCACCCCUCCCGUGCUUAGUGCCGGUGCCAACAGUAGCUGGAUUGGAAAGAUUUGAUUUAGUUUUGGAUGGUAACUGUCUUCUGUCUGUCCCGUGAUUUAGCUAUCGUGAAAACACAAACUAUAGUGAUGUAGCUAUAGUGAAGACACAAACUAUGUGUCUGCUUAUUGAGACUGAGAACCGUUAGGCUUUGAGCAAGCUCUUUUAGCUGAGUCGCGAGAAGUGACGCGAGAGCCUCUCGUGAAGUGGACGCGAGUGCGAGAGGUGGAGGGCUUCGCCGCUCGCUCGCGCGAUCGCUCGCCACUCUUAAUGGAAAGCUUGCUCGCAGGCCAGGAACCGUGACAGACCCAGAAGGGUUUUUCUAAGUUGAUAUUUCGGCAUUUGUUGUACUGCAAGUGCUCAUAAACAGACUCCUGAUAUUUUCUCAAACAUCUUUGUCACGGCCUAAUGUUUUCUUCUUUCUUUGCAGUCAGAUUCCUUUGCGGAUAUUUUCCUUCGUAAUCUGGUUAACUAACAAAGUAUUCACAAGGCGACCUGUCACAAGUAGAGCCCAGGACUCUCGCGCCGAAUCCAUGGAGGGCACGUGAUCACUAUAUCAUCCAAGCGGAGAGAUUUAUCAACUUCGUUCCCAGGGUCCUCUCUCUUUCCUCGAGAGGACCCUGGGAACAAGGCUGAAGAUUAGGCCAUUACUGAAGGAUUUCAGUAUUUAAAACUAGAAUUCAGUUGUUGGAAGAUUAGCAGAUGCGUCCAUACGGGGAAACAAACGCUCCUGUGGGGAAAUAAAUAUUUCACAACUGGCGUUGUUGGGGAUGAUAUAAUAUUUUGCAUUUUCAAAAUGUUUAGAAUCGAAGGAGAUUUUUUAUUAUUUUCUUAAAGAACUUUGGCAUCACAUCUUUGUCCUCUAUGAAGUUGUUUUAUCUGUAAAUAGUGUGGUCC